AUGCAUCUACCCAUCCUUUUCACAUCGCUCACCCUGCUAGCCGUUACCACCGCGGUCCCAAUGGCGAGCCCAAGUCCAUCUCCCACACCAACAAGCGCACUGCCAUCUCUCGCUUCUCUCUCGCACUCCGGUUCAGCAUCUGCUUCGGCAUCCGCUUCGCCUUCUGCUUCCCCGAACCCCUUCGAGGCUUGGUCCUGCCCCGCAGGCAAGUAUAAAAACUGCUGUAUGGGCGUUGAGCAGAGCUCGCAUGAUAUCCUUAAGCCACUGGGCGAAAUUGUUCCUACUAUUGGUGGAAUUCAGGUUAGCUCGGCUAUUGCCUUUCAAUGCAAGCCUAUGGGUGAUCAGAAACCUCCAAGCUCUUGCUCUGGCCAUGGAUAUUCUCCUAUGUGCUGUGACAGCAAGGAUCAUGGCCUCAUUGAAGCCUGUAAGCCUUUCGAGAAGGUCAAGAUGGACUAUUACUCCCACAAAAUGCAGCUCCCUGAGACUCAGGCCGACAUCAUCAUGGAUGCCGUCACCUAA